GGCCGGGCCCAGAGUAGUCAGUCUGUAGCCGCCCUCCGCCGCAGUUGCACGCGACCGCGAGUGCACCAGUGCCCCCUCUAAUCAGAUCCGACCUUCAAUCCGAAAGAACGAGACGACUAUAUCCAGGUGGUCUAUUAAAGGAUGUGAAGAGUUUUACUCGAUCGCUGCUCAUGCGUCGCCAGCAUUGGUCAUGGCGUUCACGAGAUAGUGUCAGGUGGUGACUGUGGGAGCGCGUGUAGCGGCGGCAUGCGCGUGCUGGUUGCAGCGCUCGCCGCGCUGCUGGCGCGUGCGCUAGCCAGCCCCCACGAGCACCGCGCGAGGCAUCAUGCGCCCGACCACGCUUCGCAUUUCCCCGUCCCUGCGCCGCCCCAACCCUACCGCGGACACGGCGAGGCCGUUAGAUACAACCCCGAGCUUGAUACAAUCCUCCCGCGCCUCGACGAACAUGAAACCUCAUCGAAACGUGCCAAGUUUGAAGACGCUGAAUCUUCUUCCAAGCGAGCCAACGAAGAAAGGUUCUAUUCCAAUCAUGAACGGAUUGAAGAACUCAUGGCAGAUGAACCUCAAUUAGGUCCCGAGGCCGAAGAUCCUUUAGUAGUUCGUACGCGAAAGGGUAGAGUUAAGGGUAUUACGCUUACAGCAGCGACUGGGAAGCAGGUCGAUGCAUGGUUCGGCAUUCCGUAUGCUCAAAAACCUCUUGGAGAUCUGAGAUUUAGACAUCCAAGGCCAGUAGAAAACUGGGGCGAAGAAAUUCUUAAUACAACGACACUGCCACACUCGUGCGUCCAAAUCAUAGAUACGGUGUUCGGAGAUUUUCCAGGCGCAAUGAUGUGGAAUCCUAACACUGAUAUGCAGGAAGACUGCCUAUACAUAAAUAUUGUUACACCAAAACCACGUCCAAAGAAUGCAGCGGUCAUGCUAUGGGUAUUUGGUGGCGGAUUUUAUUCGGGAACUGCAACUUUGGACGUAUAUGACCCCAAAAUCCUUGUAUCAGAGGAAAACAUCGUCUAUGUGUCGAUGCAGUAUCGAGUUGCAUCUCUAGGUUUCCUAUUUUUUGAUACCCCAGAUGUCCCUGGAAAUGCUGGAUUAUUUGAUCAGCUAAUGGCUUUACAAUGGGUAAAAGACAAUAUUGGUUAUUUUGGUGGGAAUCCCCAUAACAUAACAUUAUUUGGUGAAUCUGCUGGUGCUGUGUCAGUUUCUUUACAUUUGUUAUCGCCACUUUCGAGAAAUUUAUUCUCUCAAGCUAUUAUGCAAUCCGGAGCAGCUACAGCUCCCUGGGCUAUAAUUACCAGAGAGGAAAGUAUUUUACGUGGCAUGCGUUUGGCUGAAGCUGUUCGCUGCCCGAAUUCAAGGGCAGAUAUGGGACCCAUGAUAGAGUGUCUAAGGAAAAAGAGUGCAGAUGAAUUAGUGAACAAUGAAUGGGGUACACUUGGUAUAUGUGAAUUUCCAUUUGUACCUAUCAUUGAUGGCUCAUUCUUGGAUGAAAUGCCUGGAAAGUCUUUAGCUCAUCAAAACUUUAAGAAGACAAAUAUUCUUAUGGGUUCCAACACGGAAGAGGGUUAUUACUUUAUUCUUUACUAUUUGACGGAAUUAUUCCCAAAGGAGGAGAAUGUUGGAAUAUCGAAGGAACAAUAUCUUCAAGCGGUCAGAGAAUUAAAUCCAUACGUCAAUGACGUAUCGAGGCAAGCAAUAGUAUACGAAUAUACCGAUUGGCUAAAUCCGGAUGAUCCGGUGAAAAAUAGAAAUGCUUUAGAUAAAAUGGUAGGCGAUUAUCACUUUACUUGUGGCGUUAAUGAGUUCGCUCAUAGAUACGCAGAAACUGGUAACAACGUGUACACCUAUUACUACAAACAUCGUAGCAAGAAUAAUCCAUGGCCAUCCUGGACUGGUGUCAUGCAUGCGGAUGAGAUUAAUUAUGUAUUCGGUGAACCACUUAAUCCGGGAAAGAAUUAUUCUCCAGAAGAAAUCGAGUUUAGCAGACGUUUAAUGAGAUAUUGGGCUAAUUUUGCUCGAUCUGGGAAUCCGUCAAUGAACGCUGAUGGUGAUAUGACGAAGGUCCACUGGCCAGUCCAUACGGCAUUUGGUAGGGAGUAUCUUUCGCUUGCAGUCAACUCAAGUGCUGUGGGCCAUGGUCUACGAGUUAAGCAAUGCGCCUUCUGGCAAAAGUAUUUGCCUCAAUUGAUGGCUGCUACUAAUAAACCAGAAUCACCAAAAAAUUGUACCAAUGUCGCGAUUUCUUUACGGCCAUCACAAGUGCCGCUUGGCUUAAGUCUUAUUUCUCUGACAAGCUUGAACUUAAUAUUAUUAAAAUAUAAGUGAACGAUCAAUUUAUGUAUAUUAUUGGGAAUUUUUAUUUGUUUUUUUUUUUUUUAACAAUUUUGUUAGGUUUGCAUUUCUAGAUCCACUGGUCGAUUUUGUGUGUAAAAUUCAGUAGAUAAUUUAUAGUUAGAUGGUCCACUGUAAGUAUGUUUGAGAAGUAGCUAAAAAAAUGGAAAGUAAUUUGAAAAUUAUAUGCAUUAUAAAGUUUCCUUCUCGAUCUAUCUCUGCUAAUUUGGUGUUUGUGAAGUAAUGUUUAAAAAUGAUGUCUUAUAAUUAGGAAAUAAAUGAAUAUUUACGAAUGUGUGAUAGCCGCAUGGAAGUAAGCGGUGGGCCUAGUACAAGUUUUUGUCCAGUAAAUCAGUGGUGUUAUAUAUUUUAAAUUAUUUUUAUAUGUAUAGUUAUAAAAUAAUUAUGUAUAAUUUAAUUAUAAGCCACCUUAAGUGUUAUAUUGCUCUAUAAGUCCAUUAUAUAUUUGUCAAGCUUUGUUUAAGUUAUCAUUAUCGAUUAUAAGGAUUAUAAUAUUGUUCAUGAAGUUAAUGUUAUUAUCUAUUUUAAAGGGAGUGAUGCCUCCAUCGACAUAUCACUUGUUAAUAAUAAAUUAUAGUUAAUAAUAGAAAUACGUAGUGAUAAUUUCGUAAUAGUUGGUAAGACUUUACAUAUCUUUCAAGAAUAGGCUAAAGGGACUUUAUCAAUAAAAUAAAUAAAAAUGAUAUGAAAUCAACGGCGUCAAGAAAACAAUACUAGGAACAGAAACAAGCAAAACCCAUAACGUCGUCAGGGAAAUUUUUAAUAACAGUAAUGGAAUAAGUAGAAGAUAUACAAGAAAUCUUAGCUUUAAAACGCCUCUACUGCAAUACAUAUCACGCAAGGCAUAGAAAUGUUUAAGUUCAUUCUAGCCUUAGAGUAAGUUAAGUGUAUGAGCUAGGUCACUUCACAACUCUGUAGCGGACCAAUAUUAGAAAGUUGUACGUAUAGGUUCGAUUUGUGAAUCGGUUCGAAAAAUAAAAUGAAAUAAAAGGGACAAUGAUAGAUUUCGUUCGAUAUCACUGAAAUAC